AUGCUGCACAAUGCCACUUUCUGUCUGGUCCCCCGUGGCCGCAGGCUUGGAUCCUUCAGAUUUCUGGAGGCUCUGCAGGCUGCAUGUGUUCCAGUGAUGCUAAGUAAUGGAUGGGAGUUACCAUUCUCUGAAGUGAUUGAUUGGAACCAGGCGGCAGUCAUCGGGGAUGAGAGGUUAUUAUUACAGAUUCCUUCUACAAUCAGGUCUAUCCAUCAGGAUAGGAUCCUUGCACUUAGACAGCAGACACAGUUUUUGUGGGAAGCUUAUUUUUCCUCUGUCGAGAAGAUUGUAUUGACAACACUAGAGAUCAUUCAGGACAGAAUCUUCAAGCACAUAUCACGCAACAGUCUAAUAUGGAACAAGCAUCCUGGAGGGCUGUUUGUGCUGCCCCAGUACUCAUCAUAUCUGGGAGAUUUCCCUUAUUAUUACUCUAAUCUAGGUAUUAAACCCCCUACCAAGUUUACUGCAGUUAUCCACGCUGUGACACCGUUGGUUUCUCAGUCUCAGCCAAUCCUAAAGCUGCUGGUCGCCGUAGCCAAGUCUCAGUACUGUCAUCAGAUCAUAGUCUUGUGGAACUGUGACAAGCCACUCCCUGCCAAGCAUCGCUGGCCUGCCACUGCCGUGCCAGUCAUCGUUAUUGAAGGGGAGAGCAAGGUCAUGAGCAGCCGUUUUCUGCCGUACGAUAACAUAGUGACUGACGCCGUUCUCAGCCUUGACGAAGACACAGUACUUUCCACGACAGAGGUGGAUUUUGCCUUUACAGUUUGGCAGAGCUUUCCAGAAAGGAUUGUGGGAUAUCCUGCUCGCAGUCAUUUCUGGGACAGCACUAAGGAGCGAUGGGGUUACACUUCCAAGUGGACUAAUGACUACUCCAUGGUACUAACAGGAGCUGCUAUCUAUCACAAGUACUAUCACUACCUUUACACCAAUUACCUGCCUGCCAGUCUGAAAAACAUGGUGGACCAAUUAGCCAAUUGUGAAGAUAUCUUAAUAAACUUUCUGGUGUCUGCUGUCACCAAGCUGCCACCAAUCAAAGUGACACAGAAGAAGCAGUACAAGGAAACAAUGAUGGGACAGACAUCCAGAGCUUCUCGUUGGGCCGACCCUGACCACUUUGCCCAGAGACAGACUUGUAUGAAUACGUUUGCCAGCUGGUUUGGCUAUAUGCCGCUCAUUCACUCACAAAUGAGACUGGAUCCAGUGCUUUUUAAGGAUCAAGUGUCAAUCCUUCGAAAGAAAUAUCGGGACAUUGAACGACUCUGA